AUGGCCAAGAUAGCAAGUGAAGCCAAGAUAACAAGUUUAAAAGUAGACUAUAAACUAGUUGUUGCUUUGUUAGAGAGAUGGAGACCCGAGACACAUACGUUUCAUUUACCAACUGGUGAAUGUACUAUCACACUGGAGGAUGUGAGUAUGUUACUCGGUCUCCAAAUUAACGGUAAAAUUGUUAAUGGCCCAACAAAUGUAACUAACGAUGUUUACAUGGAGAAUUUGGGCGUCAAAUCGACCGCUUCAGAUAAAAAUGGGGAUUUUGUCAAAAUUGUUUGGUUAGAAGCUCUAUUAACACAGCUAAAAAAUAACUCUACCCCGACGGAGGUGGAAAACAUUCUCCAUGAAAAAGUUUAUAAUUUACUAUUAAUUGCUACUUUUUUAAUGUUAGAUAAGAGUCAUAAUUUAUUGCAUUCUUCUUGGUUACCUUUAGUAGGAGACCUAGAAAAAUGUAACACAUACAUUUGGGGUUCUGCUUGUCUAGCAACAUUAUAUAGGCAUAUGUGCAAGGCAGCCCAUAAAGGAGUGAAGAGCAUAGGAGGCUGUGUUGUAUUACUAAGUGUUUGGGCAUUCACACGCAUACCCUUGUUUGCCCCAGUUAGUAACGAGGUUCCAUCACAUCCGUAUGCAUUAAGAUGGCGCAAACGAGGAAUGCAUUACAGAAAUAAUCCUUGUCAUCAUCUACGUGGGUACCGUGUUGCAAUUGAACAUGUGGAAGAAAAUGAUGUAGUAUGA